CAAUUGUAGAUUCUUUCGCGCCAAAAAUGCGCACGUGGAUGCGCAAAGCGAUUUAAAUGAAUUUGAAUUUAACUGUUUGAAAUGCUUGAAACGAAUACUUGUUACCGAUAUCACCUACGAAAAACUCGGUGAAUCUUUCAUUCCAAUACCUUUAAUAUUCUUUGACCAAACACAUGGACGAAGAUGACUAUGAAACUCUCCGACAAAAAAAUAUAUCCGAGAGAAAUGCAAUUUUUGCAGAUCUCUUCAAAGACAUAAAGAAAGAAACGAGCGAAAUUAAAAGACAAGAGAAGAAACGAUUGAGCGAUCAUGAUUCCGAAAACCAACCGUCCAAAAAAAGGCGCAGAACGUCUUCGGAAGAUUUGGAAAAUUUCAGUGGUAAUGGAAUACGUCUGCAGUUUCGUCGAACAUAUAACACUAGAAGCAGGAAAAAGGCAUCCGGCAGCGAUAGAUCUAAUGAUUCUGAGAAUGAGAAUGAAGAAAACGAUUUAUCGGAAUCCAAACGUCGUAAUCGACCCAAAUUGAGAGUUUUAUUUCCAUGGGCAAAGCCAUUUCAACGCUCCAUCGAUUUAAUGAAAAUGGGUGUAUGUGAUGUGGAUGAAGAAGAAGAAGAAGAAAAAAACAUGUAUGACGAUGACAGCUUUGAUGAAAAUAGACGAGAACGAAGAACUUACAAAGUAACAAAAUCAGUCUAUGAUCCUGAAAGUAUUCCAUCGGUGGAUGAGAUCACGCAAGAGAUGUUAGACAAUAUAGCGAAGAAAAGUUCUCUGAAAACAUAUUGUAAACUCAAUGGCACAAGCUGUCACCAGUGUAGACAGAAGACUUUAGAUACAAAAACAGUUUGCAGAUCAGGAGAAUGUGUGGGUAUUAGAGGACAGUUUUGUGGCCCAUGUUUACAAGGAAGAUAUGGCGAAAGUGCUAUAGAAGCAUUAAAAGAUCCGGAUUGGGCUUGUCCACCUUGCAGAGGCUUGUGUAAUUGUAGUAUAUGUCGAACUAGAAGCGGGCUUUGUCCUACAGGAAUUUUAGCCCCUACUGUACGGGAGGAAGGAUAUUCGUCUGUUAUGGACUAUUUGCAAGCAGCAGAAAUUGAUAAUGCAUAACGAAACAUUCAUCCAUCGCAUAAUUAAGUACAUAAGAAGAUCAGCUAUGUAAAUAUCAAUAUUGACUAACAUUUCAGUGAAAGUUAUAAAAUUGAAAAUUUAUUUCAUGUUUUAGCCAUUUGUUGCAUAUUUUAAUACAUUGAAUGUCGAUUAAAUUUUACAUGUCUCAUUUAUAUCAAAAAUUUUUAUCAUUGAAAACAAUUAUAAUAUGACUGAAUUUUUGUUCAUAUAAUCAUGCAUAGUACAUUUAUCUCAUUGGUAAAUCUCUAUGGCAUUUAUAUAUAUUUUAACAAAAGUUUGAAAAUUAUUGAUUCACGAAAGUGUUGUGAUUUGUUAUACAAGUAUUUUAAUUAGUUUGCCACAGACAAAUCGAUGUCAAUCAUUGAUAGCAUUCAACAUGUUAAAUUAUUCAUAAUCAUACUAAGCAUGACAAAUAAUUUCUGUGAGUAAAUUGAUAUUUGUAUUAUUAA